AUGGCAACGUCUAAGGCCAUCUGGCAACUGGAGGAUCUGACCUCUCCAAACGAGGCUCGACGAACGCCAGCAAUUGUGGCCAGAAACAUUCCCCACGUUACCGACGCAAACGCUCGACAGAAUCUCAACAUUUAUCUUCGUCGGACAGAGACUUUCAGUCAUCUUGCUGGGAAGCCCUUCACGAAGUUGCCGCACCCUCAGAACAGAGAAAGCUUGCCUGUCUGGCACGUCCAUAUCCAUGGUGGCGCCUGGCGAGACCCUCUCCUUCGCUCAAGCUCGAUUGAGGCGCAUGCACCCAUUGUAUUUGCAGAGGAGAAACUUUCCAUCGAAGGCAUUGUGUCUAUCGACUACACAUUGUCUCCAUUCCCAAGUCAUCCGAGUCUUCCUUACGAUCCUGUCAAAGGCGAUCAAGAUGAUCCUUCUCGAAAUGCCACACAUCCAAUGCAUGUUUCGGACAUCCUUCAUGCCUUUCAUUUCCUUCGAUCCGCGGGCCUCGAUGACGAUUCUUAUAUGCUGACCGGGCAUAGCGCAGGCGCUUGCCUGGCGUUUCAGGCAAUCCUCCUACCGCCACAGCAUUGGAGUAACGAUGUAGGCCGGCCACCCACACCCGCAGCCUUGAUUGGUCUGAAUGGACUCUACGAUCUUCCAAAUCUUGUUUACGAUCUUGGCACCUCACACGAUCAUCUCGCUGGUGCUCACUGGUGGACUGCAAGCCCUGCCAGGUUGCAUCCCAAACAGUUGCAGGAGAGGAUGCAAAGACAAGAGAUUUCGAAAGUGGUGCUGAUUGAUCAAAGUGCGGAGGAUCAGCUGGUUCCAAUGAAUCAGGCGGAUAAAAUGGAAUCAGUAUUGAAGCAGGUUGACGGCUUGCUCGUCGUGAGAGGCCAUCGAUGUAAAGGGGCCCACGCAGCGCCGUGGGAAGAAGCACACAUCGUUUGA